GUAUACAAGGAGGUAAGUCGUUGCAAUCAGUUUGUUCAAACUCCAGGGCGGUAUAAAACUAUAAAAGCUCCAAAUAUAGCGGGAAGAACGCUAUAAUUCCGUUACGCAAGUGAGAGAGAGCAAAUCAUAGCAGCUACAACACAAUACAAGUUUAAUCACAUUUUUAGAGAGAGAAAGAGAGACAGGAGAGAGAGAGAGAGAGAGAGAGAGAGAGAGAGAUGGACGAGGGAGAAAUGGACAAGAAAGAAGUAGACAAGAAAGAUAAGGCGAAAGAGCGAAGGGAAAAGAGACGCCAAGAGAUCUCUCUCCUCCGUACAAUCCCUUAUUCCGAUCACCAGAGGUGGUGGAAUCCAGAUACUGUUGCUGUGGUGACUGGUGCAAACAGAGGGAUUGGGUUUGAGAUUGUACACCAACUCUCUGCGCAUGGGUUGACAGUUAUUCUGACAUCAAGAGACACAGCUGUUGGUGAAGAAGCAACAAAGGUUUUACAAGAAGGAGGUUUGAAUGUGUUCUUCCAUCAACUGGAUGUCCUGGAUCCUUCAUCAAUCACAGUCUUUUCUGAUUGGUUACAGCAGAGCUAUGGUGGUCUAGAUAUUCUGAUAAACAAUGCGGGUGUUAGCUUCAAUCAAGGGUCGGACAUUACCAUUGAAUGUGCUGAAAAAGUUAUUAACACCAACUAUUUCGGGACCAAAAAUAUGAUUAAAGCUAUGAUCCCAUUAAUGAAGCCUUCUGAAUCUGGUGCUCGUAUUGUUAAUGUGAGCUCACGAUUGGGAAGACUUAAUGGAAAGCGACAUAGAAUUGAAGAUGACACUUUGAGACACCAAUUGGAAGAUGUGGAUACUCUCUCAGAAGAAUUGAUUGAUGAGACCGUGAACAAGUUCUUGGAACAAGUAAAAGAUGGCAGUUGGACAUCCAAUGGAUGGCCUCAAACGCACGCUGACUACUCGUUAUCAAAACUCGCAGUUAAUGCUUACACAAGGCUAAUGGCCAGGGUUCUUUCAGAUCAACCAGAAGGCCAGAAGAUAUGUAUCAAUUGCUACUGUCCCGGCUGGGUGAAGACUGCCAUGACUGGUUGGUCGGGGCAUAUCACAAUUGAGGAAGGGGCUGACACUGGAGUCUGGCUUUCCCUGAUUCCGGACCAAGUAGUUACAGGAAAAUUCUUUUCUGAGAGACGCGAGAUACAUUUCUAAAGUAGUCGGAUUGAAAACUGAUGCCAGGUACGAGUUCUACUUCAGCUAUCUUGUAAAUAAAAUUGGAUCCUACUAUAACUGAGAGAAUAAAGAAAAAACUGCUGCAACAAAAUCUAUGUAAUGCUUUGUGAACGCGGAACAGCUACUAAACUGCUGAGGGCAUGUCUUGCCAAUUCAACUAUUUAGAAAGAGUAAGCAUCUGUUACUGUUGGGAUAGAAUCGGAAAUGAUUGAUUGCCUGUUUAUUUCCAUCUUUGAAUGAGGAAGAUAUAGCUGAUUUUCUGGUAAGGCCUGGCUUUUGAAAAUUUGGUUGUGCGAAUUCUUGUGCGGUCCAGUAAUGUACACUCGAGGAAGUAGUGAGCAUCACCCAUGAAUGGAAGAGCAGCCUUUGGCAUUUUUGUUUGACAGUCACUUCAACAUGUUUGUUACUAAGCUUUGUUUUUAUCAUCUUUGGUUAAUUGCUGUAAUGGGCAUUCUAUCUCAAAGAUUUUGUAAUGUUUUCCAGUC